AUUAAAACCAGGAGUGACAUAAUUAAAAUGUUAAAAGCCCAUAAAUAAGUAAUAUGCCUGGGGGUUGGGAUGGCAUGCUCCUCCCUUCUCCUUUAUUGUUUUACUUGCAACAAUAAACUAUCAAUCAAUAUUUCAAUUCAAUUCAAGUAAUAUCUCGCCAGACAAUGACAGCUGAGCCAUGUUGCCAGAUUGUCGUACUCUGCCUGUUAUGUUUGCUGAUUUACGACCCAAAAACUCCUUUCAUCCCCCAAAUAACUGCCUUCAUAUAUGUUUACCGUUUAAAUGGUUAAUUAUUGGUGCUUUUUGGCAACAGUAAUGGGCCAGAAACCGGUAAAUACGCUGCUCUGAGUACGAUAAUCUGGCAACGGUGCAGCUGAGAGGGAGGAGGAGGGAGAGAAUCCAAGAGGCCGCGUCAAAACAAACCUCGGCGUUGCCAUAGUGAAGAAAAUUUAAUUAUUAGUGUGUCGCCAUUGAAAAGCAAGGCGUGUCAGUAAGCAGAGGAGGAGAAGAAGGACAUACGAAGUGAUAGAAAGCGGUACAGGCAGUUGAAAAGCCCGGGACCAAAGUUGAUGAAAUGUUCGGCCUCAACAGUUUUUAGCCGUUGUAUCACCGAAGAGAGAGUUUUUCUGCAACAUGUUCUGCCAAACCUGGGGUGUAUCUGACUCUUGAUGGCCUCCUCUCCAUGUGGGGAUGGGCAGGGUACUAAUUUUUCUAGUAUGACAACAGGAAAUAGUGCAAAGACAAAUCAAGUGUCCCUCUGGCUGAUCCCAUUACAGGUGGCCUUUCCCUUGAGAACACGGCGGUAGGAUGAACAAUAUAUAUACCUUAAUAGCUUCCCUGUGCAAGGAAAGAAAGGAAAUCACAGGACAAAAGAGUGCAGAAGUAUAUCAGAAAAUAGGGUGUGUGUGAGCUAUGCACAUUUAUCAAUAGCUCUCCCAUGCAUGGAAAGGAAGGAGUUUGCAGGACAUAGAAGUGGGGUUCUAAAAUGUAUAAGACAAGUGUGUGGGUGUAAAUGAUCUAAAUGGACUAAUAAAUCUCCCAUACAAGGAAAUAAAGGAAACUACAGAACAUAAAAAUGGAGAGUGCAUUAAUAUAACAGAAAAUAGAGUGUGUGAACAGUAUAUAUGUACUAAUAACUCUUCCAUGCUAAGAUAUAAACAAAAUUACAGAACACAGAUAUGGAGAGUGCAAAGAUAGAUCCUCAAAUAACCACAGGGCAGGAGGAUGUGUUGAAGGGCAUGGCAGCAGGAGGUAACAGCACUGAAGAACAAGGGAAUCGGCAGUUCUCUGAGGCAUCCCCCACUGAUACAUGCCAGGACUCAGGGCUAUGCCCCAGCCUGGAUGCCUCACACAAGCCCAGGAGGAGCCACGGGAGAGCGGCAGACUCACCGUACAUGACAUCGACGCCAAAAAAGAAGCUCCUGGACCUUACCGGGGGGAGUGAGUAUGAAAUUUUAUCAAGUCAGAUGAUUCUUGAAGACCCGUUGCUCUCCUCCAUUGACGAACCGGAAUGCUUGACGGACCACCAGGCUGAGAGUUUAACGUCAGAUGAGGAGAGCAGUGAACUGAGCUCCAGGUUACAUGCGACGCAAAUCCGAGCAAGAGGUGAUGUCUCCGAGAAGGACCCUCUUGUGUAUAAGCUAAUGAAUGAUGUCUCCAGUUCACGAGUCUCCAGGAAUCAGUCACUCUCCGACACUCUCCAGCAGCAGUGUGUCAUGGAGGCGAGUGCGUCGGCAUCCAUCAAGAAGAACCUUUUCGACGUGCCUGUCAGUCCGAAGCUAAAGAACAGAGUGCGCGAAAGACUCUACACUCUCAUCAACUCUCUCGAAGGAUUUGAGGACAGGGUUUAUUUGAGCGAGGAGAUGUCAGGUCAAGCUCACAAUACAGAAUCACUCUCCAAAGUCAACGUGAAGAGUCCGAUAGGUAUAAAGAUGGACGUGCAUAACUUCUCGAGGCUGUCCGGACGUAACUCACUGGAUGUCUCGUGUCGUCAGCAUAAAAGCUUUCAUGAUCCGUGUAAUUUAUCAGCUCUGAGCAGCAGCAUCGUUGGGCAUUACGAGUGUGCGAUAUCAAGCAUUGUGGGGUCGCAGAUGCAGACACUUCAGUACCACCAGGAUCAUCUCAGUCGAGAAAAAUUAGCCCUGGCACUUCAGAAAAAGGAGCAGGAAGCCAGUGCCAGAAUCUCCAUCUAUCAUGAAAAACUGAAGCUGAUGAUUGAGAUGGUGGAAGAGUUGGAGCUCAAGUUGUCGAGGCAUAAUGCUGUGGCGAGGGAGGAUGCUGAGCACUAUGAACGGAGGCUGAGGGAGCAGGAGGAGAAGUGCCGGCAAGAACUAGCGGCCCUAAGAGCUGAGUGCCAGAAAAAGAUAGAGGAAGCUGAGGCGCAGACAAGGUCGGCUCAGGCAGCAGCAGCGAAGAACUGUGAGCAAAGAAUCUCAGAAGUGCUCACCGCCACAAGACUCAGAGCUGUGAUGAUGGAAAAGGAACAUGAAUCUCAAAUAUCGGAGCUGAACUCAACCAUCAACAAACUACGAGCAGAGAAGAGAAUCGUUGAGGCAUCCCUAGAGGACUCCAUCUCCGAGGCUGACAGGAGCGGGGGGCUGGCGGCCGGCAUUCCCUCGCUGCAGGCAGGGAGGGAGGCCACGGAGGGGGAGGCCAGCCAAAGGAACCAUGGUGAGCCUAGUAAGACUGGGAGCAGACUACAUGAGGACCUGCUUAGCGUGGACUUGCUGAAGAAAAAGUUCCAGGAGGAGGUUGAGUUCUGGAGGAGGGAAACUGAGAGACUACAGAAGAAGUUACAUGAAGCAGAAGUGGUGCAGAGAAAACUGAUUAACGACACAUUCCAGGAUCUGCACUCUAAAUCCAUGACUGAACUUGAGCUGUUGAGGAUGCAGAGUGGUGACGGGAGUGAGGGGUUGGGAGUCACUGUGGUCGCUCUGCAGGAGAAACUAUCCCAGGCGCUGAAGGAGAAUAUUGCCUUGAAGCAGAAACUCCUUGACUCUCAGAAGAAAGAAUCAGACCUCAGUAAGAAGUUGUCAGUGAAGGAAGAUGAGCUUGGGUCACUCAACGCUCGGCUAAGACUCUCGGAAGCGCAGGCCCUACAGGAGAAGAAAAGCCUCCUGGUGCGGCUGAGGGGGUAUGAGGAGCAGCUGGAGGCCUUGGAGGAGCAGAAGAAACAAACUAUCCUGGGCUGCCAGUUAGACAUGGAGAAGGAGACGUCAGCAGCAGUGUCGGCCUCGCUCGCGCACCACCAGGAGAAGACUCGCCUCCUCCUGGCAGACCUGAGGAGACACUACGAGGAGGUGAUCAGGCGGAUACAGACUCACUCCAGGGCGCAGAUCUCGGAAUACAAGAAGGCUGUUCGGUACCUGAAGCAAAGAAUCAAGGUUAUGGAGAAGGGGUAGGUUCGUUUUUAUGUACAUCACUCACCUUCCAUAGUACAAACAUUUUUUUAAUUUUAUACGUGAAAAAGUAUUUGUUAACUUAAUUAUUGUUGUUCUUGUCCGAUUAAAAAUGACGGGUUUUC